AUGGCAGACAGCUCGUUUCCCGGGUCCAACCCCUUCCUCAAUACUAGUUCGACUCCUGAAAAGGCCCCUAGCAUUCCCAAGAUCUCUGAAGAUGACGAAUUCGAGGUGACAUCGCCAACAGACAUGACCUUCCGCCAGUCAAAUGCCGGUGACUCCUCAGGAAACGCCAUCUUUGGAGGAAGCGCAUUCCGUGAGAAUGCAUCACAUGGCAGCGGAUCGGGAGCCUCACUGUUCGGCCGUGACCCAUUCGACACCGGGGCGCAGUCCGGCGAUGGUCAGGGGGAUGAGGAGCGUAGAGAGGUCCCGCCUGCAAGUGGGGGAUUGGGCCUACCAAAUAACUACGCCUUAGGCCGUCGAACUUCAGUUUCGGCGGAGUCUUUGAAUCCCACAUCUGCAGGCGCUGAUAGCUGGACUCCUCCGCGCCACCCCAAGUCGGAUGAGCAACUGGAACGCUUAAAGACUGCGGUCAGCAACAACUUCUUAUUCUCUCACCUCGACGAUGAGCAAUUCAGGACCGUUCUGGAUGCUUUGGUUGAGAAGCCAAUCCCUGCCAAGGAUAUCAAGGUUAUCUCGCAGGGUGAUGCGGGUGAUUAUUUCUAUAUCGUCGAAGACGGCCACUUUGAUAUCUACAUCCAUCCAUCGGGGGCUAUUCAACCCGGCGCAGAUGGGCUGGGUAACAAAGUAGCCACUACAGGCCCUGGGGGCUCGUUCGGUGAGCUUGCCCUCAUGUACAAUGCUCCGCGUGCGGCUACCGUGGUCUCCACGGAGCCCAAGAGCACCUUGUGGGCUUUAGAUCGGAUUACAUUCCGCCGAAUUCUGAUGGAUUCAGCAUUCCAGCGACGACGGAUGUAUGAAGCCUUUUUGGAAGAAGUGCCCUUGCUCUCAUCCCUAAAGCCUUACGAACGAUCCAAGAUUGCCGAUGCCUUGGACACUAUCAAAUAUCCUGCAGGGGCGACUGUUAUCGCGGAAGGUGACCCCGGAGAUGCAUUCUACCUACUGGAGUCAGGGGAGGCAGAGGCGCUCAAGAACGGUGUUUCAGUCAAGAGCUAUCGCCGUGGGGAUUAUUUCGGUGAGCUUGCACUGCUGGAUGACAAACCUCGUGCAGCAAGCAUCGUCACCAAAACUGAUGUCAAGGUUGCUCGGUUGGGCCGAGACGGCUUCAAGAGACUUCUCGGGCCAGUGGAGGAGAUCAUGCGGCGGACUGAGUACCAGAUUGACUCCGCCAAGUCCCCCGUUUCUUCAUGA